UGGCACCAGUGUUUUGCUCGGUAUGUGCAUGGCUGAGUUCAAACACUGGCCUUUGCUUUUCACUGUCCCCUGUAUUUGUGUUUUCUGACAUAAGAACCAUGCUGCAUGUAAGCCCCUGGGGUAGCACAGCUAUGUCUUCAAGGGAGGCUUGGUAUCAGGAGUCAGCGAGGGCACUGAUGAGCAUUUGGGGCAGACCUUCCUCCAAAGCCCAGACCGGCACCUGCUGGGUUAACUGUGCUUUCUUCUUCUUUCUGCAGGGGCGGGUGCUCUCUCCCUCCGCAGCUCUCGCCUCUGGUCCAGGACGCAGGGAGCAGAGCUGGAGUCCCAGCUGGGGUCCUUCCUGUCCCCUGCCUUCACGCCACACGCUGGAUCUGGUGACACUCAGGAAAUGUUUGUCUCCUGCUGCUGAAGAAUAAUUCUGGAGUACUAUGGAUCAUGCUGAAGAAAAUGAAAUCCUUGCAACAACUCAGAGGUACUACGUGGAAAGGCCGAUUUUCAGCCAUCCUGUCCUGCAGGAGAGACUCCACGAGAAGGACAAAGUUUCAGAUUCCAUCGGGGAUAAGCUGAAACAGGCAUUCAUGUGUACUCCUAAAAAAAUAAGAAAUAUUAUUUAUAUGUUCCUGCCCAUAACAAAGUGGUUGCCAGCGUAUAAAUUCAAGGAAUAUGUGCUGGGUGACUUGGUUUCAGGCAUAAGCACUGGAGUGCUUCAGCUUCCGCAAGGCUUGGCCUUCGCAACGCUGGCAGCGGUGCCUCCGGUGUUCGGCCUGUACUCCUCGUUCUACCCUGUGAUCAUGUACUGUUUCCUUGGGACUUCCAGGCACAUAUCCAUCGGUCCUUUUGCCGUGAUUAGCUUGAUGAUUGGUGGCGUGGCUGUUCGGCUAGUACCGGAUGAUAUAGUCAUUCCAGGAGGAGUAAACACAACCAACGGUACGGAAGCCAGGGACGCCCUGCGGGUGAAAGUCGCCAUGUCUGUGACCUUGCUUUCAGGAAUCAUUCAGUUUUGCCUAGGUGUGUGCAGGUUUGGCUUCGUGGCCAUCUACCUCACCGAACCCCUGGUGCGCGGCUUCACCACCGCGGCCGCCGUGCACGUCUUCACCUCCAUGCUCAAGUACCUCUUCGGGGUCAAGACCAAGCGCUACAGCGGGAUCUUCUCCGUGGUGUAUAGUACGGUUGCUGUGUUGCAGAAUGUUAAAAACCUCAACGUGUGUUCCCUAGGCGUCGGGCUGAUGGUUUUUGGUUUGCUGUUGGGUGGCAAAGAGUUUAAUGAGAGAUUUAAGGAUAAACUGCCAGCGCCCAUUCCUUUAGAGUUCUUUGCGGUGGUAAUGGGAACUGGCAUUUCGGCUGGAUUUAACUUGCAAGAAUCGUACAAUGUGGAUGUCGUUGGAACGCUUCCUCUAGGGCUGCUGCCUCCAGCGAACCCGGACACCAGCCUCUUCCACCUCGUGUACGUGGACGCCAUCGCCAUCGCCAUCGUUGGGUUCUCAGUGACCAUCUCCAUGGCCAAGACCUUGGCAAACAAGCAUGGCUACCAGGUUGACGGCAAUCAGGAGCUCAUCGCCCUGGGACUGUGCAAUUCCAUCGGCUCGCUCUUCCAGACCUUUUCGAUUUCCUGCUCCCUGUCUCGCAGCCUUGUUCAGGAGGGAACUGGGGGGAAGACACAGCUUGCAGGUUGCUUGGCCUCACUGAUGAUCUUGCUGGUCAUAUUAGCCACGGGAUUCCUCUUUGAAUCAUUGCCCCAGGCCGUGCUGUCAGCCAUCGUGAUUGUCAACCUGAAAGGAAUGUUCAUGCAGUUCUCAGAUCUCCCCUUCUUCUGGAGGACCAGCAAAAUAGAGCUGACCAUCUGGCUCACCACUUUUGUGUCCUCUUUGUUCCUGGGAUUGGACUACGGCCUCAUUACUGCCGUGAUCAUAGCUCUGCUGACUGUGAUUUACAGGACACAGAGCCCAAGCUACAAAGUCCUGGGACAGCUUCCUGACACAGAUGUCUAUAUCGACAUAGACGCCUAUGAGGAGGUGAAAGAAAUUCCUGGAAUAAAAAUAUUCCAGAUAAAUGCUCCGAUUUAUUACGCAAACAGUGAUUUGUACAGCAACGCAUUAAAAAGAAAGACUGGGGUGAACCCAGCAGUCAUCAUGGGAGCAAGAAGGAAGGCCAUGAGGAAGUAUGCCAAGGAAGUUGGAAAUGCAAACACGGCCAACGCCACUGCCCUCAAAGUGGAUGCCGAAGUAGAUGGCGAAGAUGGGACCAAGCCUGAGGAGGAGGAUGGUGAAGUAAAAUACCCGCCGAUAGUCAUUAAGAAUACAUUUCCUGAAGAACUGCAAAGGUUUAUGCCCCCGGGGGAUAAUAUUCACACCAUCAUUCUGGAUUUCACACAAGUCAACUUUAUCGAUUCUGUUGGAGUGAAAACUCUGGCAGGGAUUGUAAAGGAAUACGGAGAUGUCGGUAUUUAUGUAUAUUUAGCAGGAUGCAGUGCACAAGUUGUGAAUGACCUCACCCGAAAUCGAUUUUUUGAAAAUCCUGCCUUAAAGGAGCUGCUGUUCUACAGCAUCCACGAUGCGGUUUUAGGCAGCCAACUCCGAGAGGCGCUGGCCGAACAGGAAGCCGCAGCUGCCCCUCCGCAGGAGGAUUUGGAGCCCAAUGCCACACCCACCACUCCGGAGGCAUAAGGGGGACCUCAGCGUGGGUGGGGCGGGAUUAUUACUGGGGGAAUUCCUACUUUACACAUUUUAAGUAGUAGACCCUAGGUUUUCCCUCUGGGUAAAUACUAGUAGUCGAGGCUUGAUUUGGAGGGUGAAUGAUGCAUAGCACGAUGUAUCUUACUUGUGUUUUCUAAAAUUGAGUAUUUCAAAGACAAAUUGGCCUCUUCCCUGUACUUACUACUUUUUAGUAUUGUCUCUGCAAACCAAGCUCUUAAAAUCUUACAUCCUUAAAGUACUUUACAUACAAAUAGGAUACGCCAUCACCAGAUGUUUCCUUGGUAUUGCACUUGUUUGGGUACACGUGUCUAUAGUCAGUCACCUAACAGAGGAAACAAAUCCACAAUUUUCUAGGUGUUCUUGUUUUACAAUAACCUUUUUUUUAGUAUAGAAGAGACACAAGUUGUGAACACAUUGGAAAAACAGGAAGUCAAAAAAUGAUAACAUUUGGUCAAACACUCCACCACUUAACCCAUUCAGAUAUUAACAUCUUCAUGCAUAUCCUUUCAGAUGUCUUUUCUAUGCAUGGUAUACACUUUGCAUUUUAAAUGAAUGUAUCUAUAUAGUAUUUGGAACCAAUUUUUUAAAUCACCAGUCUCUACUAUCUUGUCCAGGAUGUUUUUCUCUCAGACCAUAUUCACGUUUAUUCAGUUGUAUCUAAAUUUGCAGUUGGUUUGUCCAAACCAGUAUUUAUUCUGUGAACUCACAUUAUACCUACUGGUCAUCUCCCUUUAGGUGAAUAAGUCUAUUUUAUCUAACAUAGUUCCUGAUUUUAUUUCCCCCCUAGUACUGGGGAUUGAAGCUCGGGUCUUUGCUCUGAGGGACCUCCCCAGCCCUCUUUUCUUACUGAGUCACUAAGUUGCCCAGGCUGGGCUUGAACUUGUGAUCCUCCUGAUCAACCUCCCAGAGUGCUGGGAUUAUAGGCGUGGACCACCACACACUGCUGACACUUAUUAAAGACCGGGAUUGUUGCUUUAUAGAAUCCCAUCCUAUGAUUUUGUCUAUUUGCUUUCUCAUGGUGUUGUUUAGCUUCUUCCUCUAUUCCCUACACUACCUGUAAUCUGGAAGGCUCAUGGAUUUGAGUUAAACGUUUUGUGUUAGGAGAUAUCAUAUCAUGCUUCCUAUUAUAUCACAUCAAAAAUAUAUAAAAUCUAGUGCACCUACCAUUAACAGUGUUCAGAUGGAUCACUGGAUUAGUAAAACUGUCUAAUCUUCCAAUUGGUUUUCCCCUUUGUGGCAAUAGUUAUCCAUAUAACUUUCUCUGGCAUUAAAUGAAUGUUUACAUUCACCAUUAGCCAUUAAACUAGAAAAUGUAAAAAUAAGAGAUCUUACCAGAAUGGCAGGUUGAAUGAUUUAUUUCCAUUUAAUUAUCAAAUUCAAAGUAAGGAAUUAGUUUAAUGGAUAGUGACAAAUUAGGGUUGUUUUUUUUUUAUAGAUUUCUUAUUUGUGAUUUAUAAUUUUAGCCUCAUGAAAUUUUAGUUUUAAUAUUUUCACGCCAUCAUAAUCUUUUUGACACUCAAAUUAUCGCAAAUUUAGCCAGUAGGAAUCCCUCUAAGUUUUGUUGUUGCUAAUACUGGAGUAGCAUUAAAGACCAUGGAUUUUAAGAAAGCUAAUGCCCAAGUAUAGUUUCAUACCAUCCUUCAAAGUCCAUAAUUAUCAGUUAGUGAGUCAUCAAGCACAGUUUUUAAUCUCUGUAUAAAUGACUUCUCAGUUAUUUAUAGUUGACACAGAAAUGUGGAGUGUUCAGAGGCUGUGGGGAGGGCUUUGCAGCCAAUUUGUCAUUAGUAGUGCAGUUCUUACAGUUUUUCUAGUAACUAUCACCUCACAGUAAAUCAAAACACAAGCAUCAGCCAACCUGUUUGAAGUUCCUUCUGCUAAGAGCUCCUGCUUUGUCUUCCGUCCUCUUUGUCUUUAACUGUUUUCUUGACUCCUUUCAGUUUUCAUAAAGAAAGCUCUCCUGGAAGGAAGUGGUCAGAUCCUAACAGAAAUGUUGGCAUAGUACAUUAGAUUUUCCAGGGACUUUACUAAUUUGAUUCAAAGUAAACCCUUCCUGUCUAAUUAUUUAUCUCAAGGUAGAGUGAAGUUAGAGUAGCACCUGGUUAUUCUUUUUAUGAUCACACGCACAAGGUCAGAUACAUCUGCAUUCUGACACGGACUGCCUUCUGAAAGAGCAUGUAGUUCCAGAGCUUUAGCUUGUACUAGAAACUUAUAUAAAAGGGCCCACAUCAUUUCAGCCAUUGAACUAGAAUAUAAAAUACUCCAUUGAAUAUUCUUUAGCAUCAGUUUUCAACAAAUGCCUUUUGCACAGUAGACACUCAAGUCCUAGUAACGAAUAAGGUUCAAAAAAUAUAUUUGUCUAUAGCUUACAUUUUAUAUUUUACUUUUCUGUUCUUUAAUUUUUAUCCUGUUUUGAGGAGAAACUAUUGUGUACAUAAAAAGCACUUAAAUCUCUCUGAAGGUGGGAAAAUGUAUUUUUGUUUUAUGAUGCAUCUGAGAAUGUAAGAGUAUGUUUCAAAAAA